AUGCGUCUUCUCAGAAAGAUGACCGCGGCAGAUGUCGUUGGCCCUGACCUGGCAGCUGUUCUCCCAGCCGAACAGAAGCCAUGGUACAAAGUCCCACACUUGAUCAAGCUCAAUCUACUCCUCUUGAUCCCACUAAUGUCUUCGGCGGCGAUCGGCUAUGACGGAUCAAUGAUGAACGGACUUCAAACACUCCCACAAUGGAAAGAACACUUCGAUAAUCCAAAGGGCGCUUUAUUGGGCGCAAUGAAUGCUGUCUACCCUGCUGGGAAAAUUGUCGCGCUUCCUCUAGUUACAUAUCUGAACGAUCGGUUCGGGAGGAAGAGAACCAUUGCCCUAGGAAUGCUGUUUUGCCUUGCGUUCCCAUUCAUGCAAGGUAUGGCUGACAAUGUGUCAACCUUCGUUGCCUCUCGAGCUAUUAUGGGUUUUGUCACAAGCUUCAUGUCUUUGCCAAGUCCCAUACUCGUCAGCGAGCUUGCAUAUCCCACGCACCGGGGGAAAGUAACGGCUCUAUAUAACACAUCCUUUUAUCUCGGUGGCAUCAUUGCGGCAUGGUGCACAUUUGGAACUUUCAAACUGGCAUCAGCCUGGAGCUGGAGGAUACCUUCCAUUAUUCAGGGUGCCAUGCCUUUUAUACAAUUUACCUUCGUAUACUUUCUUCCCGAGUCUCCCCGAUGGCUUGUAGCUAAGGGACAAAAGAGCGAAGCCCGUGCAUUCCUGGUCAAGUAUCAUGCUGGUGGAGAUGAAAAUUCACCUCUUGUUGAUUUUGAGCUAUCGGAGAUUGAGGAUGCGCUCACUUUCGAAGCCGAUACGUUAUCUCAAUACUCGUGGAUGGAUCUGAUUCGAACACCCGCCAAUCGCAAACGACUCUUGAUCACUUUCAUCAUCGGAUGGUUUGCCCAAUGGAAUGGGGUUGGCAUGAUUUCGUAUUAUCUCGCCCUGAUUCUCGAUACAAUCGGAAUCAAGGAGGCCAAAGACCAGACCUUGAUCAACGGAAUUCUGAAUAUCUGUGCCUGGAUUUGCGCCGUCUUUGGAGGCGCGCUCAUGAUCGACCGACUUGGCCGCCGGACACUCUGGCUGACGGCAACUGGCGGUAUGCUGACUUGCUAUAUUAUAUGGACAAGCCUUACUGCAACCUUUAUCAAAACAAACGACCAAAACAUCGGAAGAGUAGUCGUUGGCUUUGUCUUUCUCACAAACUGCUGCUAUGCCCUGGCAUGGUCACCCCUGCUUCACGCAUACGUGGUUGAAAUCUGGCCAUAUACCCUCCGUAGUCGAGGCGUAUCUGCUCUCUAUAUUUUCACCUUUGUUGCUCUUGUUUUUGCCAACCAGGUAAAUCCGAUCGCUAUGGCGGCUAUCGGAUGGAAGUACUACAUCAUGUUCUGCUGUAUCCUUGCUAGCCUUUUUGUUAGUAUAUGGUUUCUUUUCCCCGAAACCAAAGGCCGUGCUCUUGAGGAGAUUGGAGCUGUGUUUGGUGACAAGAUACCUAAUCUUGACGAAGAAAACGUCAAGGAUAAGGAAGGCACUCGAGUCACUGAAAUUGAGAAAAGAGCAGGCUGA